CGGCUAAGACAUUUCCAAACAACUUACCAUAGUUAAAUGUCGUCUGGAUUAUAUUCACGUUAUUCAAUGGUCACUUGAUAGGUAGUAUCUUCUUAGUUACCUAGUAGUUAACGUGGUCACAUUAGGCUGGAGAUACCGACCGACUUCUCUACUCUGCCUACCCUUUCCGAGCAUUCUAUAUCACCAUACGGCAACUACCACCGCCUUCAACAUGCCGUCCAUACUUAGCGACGAAGAUAAGGAGACCGUUCGGCGAGUGGUACCAAAACAAACCAACAAGAUCCAUGCCGUAGCCGUUGCGAGAUUAUACGUCGCAUACCCGCAUCCUUCAAAAUGGACCUACACCGGCCUACAAGGCGCUAUCGUACUUUGCAACGACUUGGUAGGGAACACAUACUGGCUAAAACUCGUUGAUGUAUCGUCCGCUGGUCGAGGUGUGAUAUGGGACCAGGAAAUAUUUGAGAAUUGGUCCUAUAACCAGGAUCGAACAUUUUUCCAUACCUUCGAGCUCGAAGACUGCUUAGCUGGCCUAUCCUUCGUUGACGAAAAGGAGGCCAGACAAUUUAAAAAGAAGAUGGACGACCGAGAAAAGAAUGCGUCCAAGGCUACUAGAAAUAUGCCCUUUGGUGGCUCGUCGCAACAACCAGUCAAGGCGGGCUUCUUCGGGAGUAUAUUUGGAGGACAUAGGCACUCUUCUGCUCCUACGCCGCCCGAUUCACCACAACACAGUACUCCGCCUGCCCAUGCUCUUACCAGACACUCAACAGGAAAUGCCAAUGGACACCACAAACCAACAUCUAAGUUUGCCAAACUAGAGGCGUAUGAUCCGGAUUGGCGAGACAACUUUGGCAACUUUCUUUCGGAUCAAGGCCUGACGGAUGAAUUCAUUAGAGAAAAUCAGGAUUUCAUUGUUGAAUUCUUAAAGCAGAGCGGUGGAGGAUCUGGGAACGGAAGCUCGUCAACGCCAGCACCACCACCCCCUCCACCACCUCCAGCCCAUGGUUCAGGAUCCAAUGGUUAUAGUAGUCACAGUCAUAGUCACGGUCGAGCUCCGCCUCCUCCUCCGCCUCCCCCCUCCGGAAGUGCACGUUCGACAUCGGAAAGCCUGCACUCGUCGUCCUCCCGUCGUGGCGCUCCUCCACCCCCACCUGCACCUCGUAGGUCCGGCAAAAUCGAACUGGUGCAUAGGGAACCGACACCGCCACACGAACCGGUGCCACCGCGACCGCGAUUCAACGCUCCUCCACCGUUAGAAAGUGCUGGCAAAUUUGCUCAUUCCGAACCCGCCUCUAGAGCCCCUCCUGGGCCAGCGCCUCCCCCAAGACCGCCAAAAACGCCCAUGGAAGAACAAGAGGAAAAACCUACCGGUCAUAAAUUCAGCGUGCCCCCCGUCUUUACUGGCCAUAGAAUGAACAACGCACCUCCGCCAGCACCACCUAGAGGACCGGUGCCUCCCCCGCCGCCGCGUGAGCAACCUCAAGCAACACCUCCGCCACUCCCACCAAGUCUUCCACCUAAGUUACCGAGCUCGAGCGCACCAGCAGUACCAACAGCACCACCGCCGCCACCAGUUUCUGCGCCUCGGCCCGUUCCCGUACCUCCUCGGAACAUACCUGUUCCUCCGGCUCCAGCUCCUCCAGCUCCUCCAGGACCGCCACCGCUCCCGGCCUCAAGUGCGCCAGCUCCACCUCCUUUGCCUCAAUCUUCUGCACCCCCACCACCUCCGCCGUUACCCGGAGUCGGCGCACCACCACCACCACCCCCGCCACCGCCUCCACCCGCCGGUGCAGGAAUCCCACCCCCUCCUCCGCCUCCACCUCCGCCAGGUGCUGGGAUACCAGGCGCACCUCCACUCCCACCUCCGAACCGCGACUCCGGCUAUUCAUCGGGAGUCCCGGCUCCGGCUAUACCCCCCAUCGAUUCUGGCCGUUCUGCCAUGCUGGAUGGUAUUCAGAAAGCUGGUGGUAUUGGAGCUCUCAAGAAGGUGGACAGGAGUCAAAUUCGAGACAGAAGUGCGGCCACAGUAGGAGGUGGGCCGGAUACAGGACCACAUGGUAGUGGACUGCCGCCCGCAGGAAUUGCCCCUGGAGGAGGCGGCGGCAUGGCUGAUGCGCUAGCUGCUGCCCUGCAGAAACGGAAGGAAAGAGUUCGUGAUAGUGAUGACGAAAAGAGUGAUGAUGAGUGGUAGAGCCACAGUCGUAAAGCCUUCACAAAUGAUGCCAAAUCGGCAAAGGGCAAGAACGGAUAGAGGAAACAAAUUACUACGGCUCACGACUACGAUGGAUAGGAAAGACAUCCUUUCUUGCAUACCAGGCUUCCAUCGGACACAGAUUCAAUAGAUGGAGAGGUGUCUAGGCAUGCAUCAGAGACCCCACCGAUAAGACCAUGUCUAACAGACUAUGUGAAGAUUUGAAUUCAAUCG